GGACUCCAAACACUCCAACACACCAAGUCGAGAUGCCGUCACACUAUGUCUAUGCUUUUUUCCUCAUAUUAUGUGCUCCAAUAACUCUUUUGAUAUUUGCUUCUUUUACUUCUAUGGCAAUAAUAACUUCCGCACUGGCUACACUGGCUAUAGCCGUCCGUCUUGGUUUUCUUGCGAUAGAGUUUUCUGGUGGUGUCGCACUAGAUUUUAUCCGGUGGGGUCUGAAGAAACUAGUGACAGACAGUUACCAAGUCAAAAAAGUCAAAAGCAGCAGAAGCAAGUCACAUAACCAUGAGUCAUCGAAUACAAAGUUAUCAUCUCAAGAGAAAAAACAUCAUAAAACCAGUCAUAAUGCUCAUCACAAGAACAAUAACACAAAACAUCAUUCAAAAACAUUUAACGAAAGUGAGCCUGCGUGA